AGCAUAUUUAUUUUGAACUUGUGGCUACUCCAUCUUGAAUUUUUGCAAGUUUUUAAAGCUUUUUAGCUUCAAAUUGAGUUCACCACGACGUCCCGGAUUACUAACAACCUCUUCAAUGGACAGUACGUCCAUAAUUACGCAAGUGAAUCGGGAAGAUGAAGCUCUCAACUCAUUUCCACCAUCGGAAAAAAGUACGUCAUUGGUGAAGAAACCUCGAAAUCGUGCGACGCUAUUUAGUUCAUUCUUCUGCUGUUUUGGUAAUCCGCACCCCCAACCCCAACAAAGUACCCCAGUGCCUACAGUUGUCAAUUGUGAGGAACAGAAUGGAACCACGAAACCUCAACAGAAAUACCUGCUUCCUGCCGUCCGUCAUCAGGACAUGAAUAAAAAAUGUGUUGUCAUUGAUCUAGAUGAAACAUUAGUACACAGCUCUUUCAAGCCCAUUAGUAAUGCAGACUUUAUAAUACCAGUAGAGAUUGAUGGUACAAUACAUCAGGUGUAUGUGCUGAAAAGGCCGCACGUUGAUGAAUAUUUACAAAAAAUGGGGGAGCUGUUUGAAUGUGUCCUUUUUACGGCCAGUUUAGCCAAGUAUGCUGAUCCAGUGUCGGACCUAUUGGACACAUUUGGCUGCUUUAGAAGUCGCUUGUUCAGGGAAUCAUGUGUCUUUCACAGAGGGAAUUAUGUAAAGGAUUUGAGUCUUCUUGGACGUGAUUUGAGCCAAGUGGUUAUAGUUGACAACUCGCCAGCCUCUUACAUCUUCCAUCAAGAUAAUGCAGUACCCGUGGCCUCAUGGUUUGAUGACAUGAAUGACACAGAAUUAUUAGACUUGAUCCCAUUCUUUGAAGGACUUGCAAAAGUGGACAAUGUCUACACAGUUUUAAGGAACAUAAAUAAACCAAACAGCCAGAAUAAUAACCCAACUUAAUGUUGAUGAAUGGUGCUCAAUGGACUACCACAAAUACUAUGUGAACCCACUAUGCUGUGUGUGCACAGCGGUGCAUGUACAGCCAUGUAUGGACAGAACAUACAGUCGUGCAUGUACAGCCGUGCAUGAAUCCUCAUCACAUCACAACACUUGAUUUCAAACUCAUUUGUCAUCAACUGAUUUCAACUCAUUCAUCAAGUGAUUCUUGAUCAUUAUGACAUCAUCAUUACAUCAUCGACAAUUGAUUAUGCUUCGUAACAUAUUCUUGAUAUGAAGUUUCAAGAGAGAUAUCGGAGAUCACGCUGGACUAAAUUAAUCAAGAUUUUAGUGCUUCAAACACCAUAUAUGGUCAUCGAUUCUUAAGUUCCUAUCUAUGUAUAACACAAAUAAUUUACCAUGGACUGUGUAUCUUCGACGGAGCAUUUAUGACUCGUGGUUGGCUAACCUUGCUCACAGUAUAUUACAAAGUGAUUCAGCGUGAUUUAAUGUGAUUCAGCGUACAAUGCCCGGUGCAUUAUGAAGGAUGAUGUAUAUAAACUGAUUGGAAAUACUGCGCACAUAAGGAAAAAGAGAAACUAACUAGAGGAUCUAGAAACUAAUUAUGGGUCUAGAUGGAAAUGGAAAUCUAGAUAAAGGAGGAUCUAGAAACUAACUAGGGCAAA